AGUCUUGCUUAAUAUUCAAUCGGAAAUCGUUACAAGUCUGAAAUUGAUAUUAAAAUGAUGAAGUUUAUAAUUGCUUUAACCUUUCUUCUGAUUGUGAGCAAUGUAUCAGCUUUCUGGGGUCCAUGUGCCGGAGUUCCAUCUCCGGAAUGGGUAACCUCUCCAUUGUGUGAUGCUGUUAGAUGCACAGUAAGCCGAGGGGGAACUUUAGUAGCUCAAGCUCAAUACACUUCCCCAAGAUCACAUAAUGAGUUGAUUGUUAGGUUUACUGCAUUCCUUCUUGGUCUCCCAGUUGUUCUUCCUUCCUCACCUGGAUUCGAGGAUGCAUGCACACAACUGGCUAAUGGAAUAACUUGUCCAACACCAGCAAACGUGCCACUUAUUUGGGAUAUGAAUUCACCAAUUCCUACAGCAGUACCUGCUUUUGAUAAUGCUUCGGUUAGAGUUGAACUUCUAGAGAACAAUCAAUCUGUUGUAUGUGCAAUGGUUACGGCAAGAAUUUUAUAAUCACAACAAAUAGAUAUUCUCUGAUGUUUUAAAAAAAUAUUUAUUGAAUAAAUCAUUUUUGUUUGAAUCAUGUUGCUCUAAUCUAUUAUUUACAUUGAACGCAUUAAUUUAGGCGACCAAUUCAGGUUGGAAAAUUUAUAUUAUGAUAUGCCUCAAGUUUUUAUUUAAUGUACAAUUUUUUCAAAGCUUAGCUGUUUUUUUUAUGGAAGUUUGAGAUGGUAUCUUAUCUAAUCAAGAAUUGAUUUAUAUUUAUCAUACUUAGUUAUAUUUUCUUACUGAUUGUUACACCAAUUCUUAAUUUAUAGAUGCAACAAACUUAAAGGAGAGCG